AUGUACCUGGAAACUUUUAAUCAGCGCCUCACGCUGCGUGGCCCGUCAUCUUGGCGAACUCGACGCCCCAUGUUGCGCUUUUCUCCUCUCCACACACGUGUGGAAGAGGUUGCGAUGGUCACGAGUCCGGCACCCACCUCCCCUCCCUCGGUGAUGUCUACGUGCGUGGAGACGCCGUUGGAACUGCAAGUAAAAGUGACACACACUCCGCACCCGCCUAGUAUGGCGUGCCAUAUGCCGGCGAUCGCAGUCGCGCAUCAUGGCAACACGCAUGAGAGGACUCCUUCAUUGAGCGCCUCUGACGACUGGAUUUCCAGCACCGAAGUGUCCGAGCAACGUGUCACGCAGCCCACUCUGCAUCCCCUAAGUGAAGAUGAAGUAAAACAUGUCGAGGCUGCACAUAAGAAGUACAUGGAGUCCAUUGAGUAUCCAGGGUCUCUUGUUGCGUUUUUGCAGGAGCUAACUGCCAGCAAUAGUGUUGCAGAGGCCGAACAGUGGCUGAAGCACCUGGAUAUCUUCUUGGGCUCUUUUAUUGAUGAAACAAUGGAAAACAACAUCGAUGACAGCGUUAAGGUAGAAAGGAAAUCCGGUAGUCACCCUCGGAUCCUCUCACUGAAGGAGGCGAUUGACUUCUUUGCCUGGUUAAAGUCGUCGCAAGGUGAUCUGUUUCGACCGCCUUCACCAGAAUGUGCCUCCUCUCUUAACACGGAUUGCAAAAAGAAAUCUGAAGUGUCAGAUGAAGGCAACGAGCCGUACAAUAAUGAAAGGAGUAGCACUCUGUGUAGUCCUUCUCCAUUGCCCAUGGCUGGGGAGGUGCGCGCUAGCGGGAGAACUACAAGCUCAAUAUCUGGUAGGGGGCGGGGUAGCCGAACACCUCGCUCAAGGAUGCGAAAGAAAUCCGAAUUGGCGGUUACUUCCUCACGGAGUUAUAAUUUGGAACAAAGGGCCUUUGCAAUGUUGGGCGGUGGCAUGGGCGGGAGUGGCAUGGUACGCCUCACGGAUUUUAAACGCAUGCUGACGGCCUGCAGUUUUUACGUGGACUUUAAUACUUAUGUUGGUCGUGUUAUUGAUCUGAACCGAACGGGCAGGAUCACGUUCAAGGAGUUUCUUUGGAUGCUGGAGUGCAGUGUGUCGGGCAAAGUGCCGGCGGCGGCGAUUCGACGGUUUCUUGCCGCCCCCAUGAUUGGGGUGGCCAGCUCUGCUUGCGCGGCGAUCCCUCACUCGUCGUUGGGUUGUCAGCCGAGUCCCAAGGCAAAGUGGAUGCAAGGUCGAUUGAACCAUCAUGUUGUGCUACCAUCGGUGCGACGCGUCCCAUCGCGGCGAGAAAAGGCUCUCCCGAAGGCAAAAGGCUGCGCGGGCACCAAUGCGAGCCUUAGUCAGCGGAAAUUGCUUGAGGAACUUAAGCAGAUUUCAUCACUAAAUCUGCUGCGUCUGUCGCCUUACGCAGAUAGCUCGGAGUCGGAAGUGUUGUUGGGGCAUCUCACCCGUUCCAGGAAGCAUCGUCAUUACAAGACAGCCUCCACCCGUUUUGUGUCGACACCAUCGCGAUCGCCUUCUUCCAGGGAGAAGAGCACCGGCCUACUGAGUGCCCGAAGCAAAAUUUUGGACGGUAAGACUUCUGCUGAUCAUCGUUGCGUCACCACCAAUUAG